UUCUCUGAGAGAGAGAGAGAGAGCGAGAGAGAGAGAGAGAGAUGGGAAGGUCAAGGAUGGAGGAGACCAGGUGCAAGAGGCACCCAAAGCACCAGUCCAAAGGGGUGUGCCCCUUCUGCCUCCGAGAGAGGCUCUCCGGCCUCCUCGCAGCCUCAUCUUCUAGGACCUACGCUUGUUCAUCGACGGUCUCUUCGUCCCCUUACUCUUCUGACUCCGACCUCUCGUCAUCGGCCACCACUCCUCCCUACCAUGAUCUGAAGAGAGCGAAGCUUUCUCUUCUGUUCAAGGCGAGAGGUGAUGGUGGUCGGUUGGUCGGUAUCAGCGAGCCGCUGACAAAGAGCCGAUCUCUAGCUUUUGCAGUGGUCGGUAAUCGGAAGAAGGAGGACAAGGAGGACGAGAAAGAAGAGAAGGAGAAAGGGAAAGAGGAGGAGAAGAAGAAGAAGAAAAGAAAGUUUUGGUCCAAGUUGUUUGGUGGCUCCUGGAGGUCGGGUGAGGUUGGUGGUGUUUCAUUGCACUCCAGGACCGUCAAGGAGAAGUCCUUCUCAUUUGUGUGACAAGCUGUCCUUGUUCUUGGUUAGUUUUCAAUUUUAUUUUUUCUUUUUUCAUUUGAUAACACCAUACAGGUUGCCAUAGUGUAUAGAUCAAGGAAAGAUCGAUGAAUUUAUUCGAUUUCUUUUUUUGUUUGGUGGUGAUCAAUGUCGGAAAUAAUGGUGUUAAUGGAGGCCUGCUGCCUGCAUAUUAUUUUAUGUUAAUAUUUGGAAUU